AGAUGUUCCACAUCUGGAAUCCAAAUGUUUGACGUGAUAUAAAAAGGCCAGCACAACAACCCAGUAGGGCGUUUUACAGCCAGAGACACCAGCAACAUGGACCUCUUUCUUCUUUGCCUGUUCUUGCCAUUGCUCACUGUGGCAUGGGGUCAAUAUGGGGACUAUUACCAACCCUAUGCUGACUACAGGGGCGAUGAUGAAUGGGUCAACACAUACCGGCAGGGCUUUAACUUCCAAUGUCCUCAUGGGCAAGUGAUUGUGGCUGUGAGGAGCACCUUUAGCAAAAAAGAAGGCUCUGACCGACUGUGGAACUAUGCCUGCAUGCCCACUCCACACAACCUGGGCGAGCCAACAGAGUGUUGGUGGGAAGAGAUCAACAGAGCUGGACUACAAUGGUAUCAAACAUGUUCAAAUAAUGGAUUGGUGGCAGGAUUCCAAAGCCAGUAUUUUCCAUCUGUGCUAGACCGGGAGUGGCAGUUUUAUUGUUGUCGUUAUAGCCGAAGAUGCCCGUAUUCCUGUUGGUUGACAACAGAAUAUCCAACACACUAUGGAGAAGAGAUGGACAUGAUAAUGUAUACCUAUGAUCACUAUAUCCGUGGAGCAGCCACAACUUUCUCUGGUGUUGAAAGGGAUCGCCAAUGGAAGUUUAUUGUCUGCAGGAUGACAGAUUUUGACUGUCAAUUUGACAAUGUUUAGACGCAUUGAAUAUACAUCAUGGUGUGGCAAUGUGGCUGUGGGGGAAAGGUUAGUGGGUAAAAGCAAAAAGAUAGGGAAAAACAAUGUAUCAACCAUUCACCAGCUUCUUUGCAGAGGUAGGAUGCCUCCUCUGGGAAGAAGGCUGGAAAGUAAAACACUGUUCAACUCUAUGGGCUCAUCCAUAUGGUUCUUGACAUUAACUGUGUUGUCUGAGUUCACAUAAUCUCUGCAAAGCAUGUGUGCAGAGUGUUUCAUCUUCUGCUGCUUCCUCGCUUAUCCACAGACCUGGUGGAUGCAACUGCAGGACCAUCACUAGCCAUGUAAUGCACAUAGUCCACUUACUACUUCCACAACAGCUUUGUCCCUGUCCUUUUUCCCCAGUAACUUCUCACACUCCUGUCUGGACUGUAACAUACACUUAAAGAAAACAGUAGAUCAUUUCCUCAGUUUUCUUUUUAAAUUGAGAACUACUUGACACUGUUUAGAUGUUUUCUGUUAUAAACCUCGACAAAGUGAUUUUCUUGGCUGUCUAGCUCAUCUGUAUACACAACAUAUGCUUGAUUUUGUAGAGCAUCUCUAGUAUCCAUUGACAGCCAUUGUCAAUUAAUUGAACAUAUCACAAAGCAAUUGUCAGGGAUGUUUUUGAAGAAGUGGUUAACUGAUGAAAAACAGGCUCAGCUUCUGGAAUUUUCCUUUGGUUGGUGUCACUUUGUGAAUGGAAUUAAGCACAACAUGCUAUCCUGUAGAUAGUCUUGACUGCUAUCAUUGGUGUUGUCAACAUUCUGGCUGCCCUUUGCUACGUAAAGCUUGGCAUCUUUAUUGGCAAUGCAGGCACAA